GGAAGCCUGACUGUCAUCUCUAGCUUGUGCUUGUUUUGCUUGUUGUCGGUCGGGGAUUACCAUCGGCGGGACUGAAUCCCUGCGGCUCACUCUCCCAUCCAUCAUUAACUUAACUUAGUCGCACGCCUUGCGAUCUUCUACGCAGAUCGCCACCUUCAAUUUGCUACCACUUGGUGACUCCCACUAUCAAAAUGAGCAACCCCCUUCCUUCCUCUUUCGAGGACAACCCUCAAUUCCAGGAAGAAACUUCGCUGCAGAAGUUCCGCAGGCGUCUCAAGCAAGAGCCGCUGAUUCCGCUCGGAUGUGCGGCCACUUCUUACGCCCUUUACCGGGCCUACCGGUCCAUGAAGGCGGGCGACUCGGUUGAAAUGAACAAGAUGUUCCGUGCCCGUAUCUACGCCCAAUUCUUCACCUUGAUCGCCGUCGUCGCCGGAGGCAUGUACUACAAAACGGAGCGCCAGCAACGAAAGGAGUUCGAGCAGGUGGUCGAGGCACGCAAGAGCCAGGAGAAGCGGGAUGCUUGGCUGCGUGAGCUGGAGAUCCGAGACCAGGAGGACAAGGACUGGCGGGAGCGCCAUGCAGCCAUCGAGGCGGCGGCCAACGAGGCGGGCAAGAGAAAGCCAGCUCCGGAGCAGGACGCUGCUCGUUCGGCCAUCGAGCCCUCAGAGGAGAAGUCGCUUGGUGUUCUGAGUGCUGUAAUUGAGCUACUAUCGGGGCAGAAGUAGGAUGACCUAAAGAAGUUCUUGAGGUUUCUGUUUGAUUUUCAUCGAUCUGUCUGGGUAUCAUAUCUUAUUGUACAUAAAUACGUUCUCAAUGUUUAGGGAAAUGCAACUCUCCGCCAGCUCCUCUC